UCUGCCUCUCUCCCGCAACCGUCUUACUUUUGUUAUUCAGGAGUCUACGUCUCCUCCAUUCAUUGCAUUUUCUCUUUGUCAAGACUCUCCACUCAUCGCCUAUCACUCCUUCUCGCUUGUCCUCGCGCUGCUGGUACCUUUGAGUGAUUGCCAUUAUGGCGGACUACAACUAUGGAGGUUCCGAGGAGGAGAACGCCGAGUUGAGAAAGCUUGAGACCGAACUUGCCGACGACCCUGACUACUUCGAGACGUGGGAGAAGCUUGUUCGCGCUGCCGAGGCGCUGGAGGGUGGAAUCAAUCGCAACUCCAAUCCGCAGGCCAUAACAACUGUCAGAAACGUCUUCGAUCGGUUUUUGGCUAAAUUUCCCUUGUUGUUCGGAUACUGGAAGAAAUAUGCCGACCUGGAGUUCUCCAUCACUGGUACAGAAGCAGCGGACAUGGUCUAUGAACGGGGAGUUGCUAGCAUCUCAUCGUCCGUUGACCUUUGGACCAACUACUGCUCCUUCAAGGCGGAGACUUCCCAUGAUCCCGACAUCAUUCGAGAGUUAUUCGAGCGAGGAGCGAGCAGCGUUGGAUUAGAUUUCCUGGCGCAUCCCUUCUGGGACAAAUAUAUCGAAUUCGAAGAACGAGUCGAAGCUCCUGAAAAGAUCUUUGCCAUUCUUGGCCGCGUUAUCCACAUUCCAAUGCAUCAAUAUGCUCGUUACUUCGAAAGAUAUCGCCAACUUGCACAAUCUCGUUCGUUAUCAGAAUUGGCGCCUGCGGAGACUCUGUCUCAAUUCCGCGCCGAGCUUGAAGCGGCCGCUGGCCAGAUACCCCCGGGCGCAAAGGCAGAAGCAGAAAUCGAGAGGGAUCUCCGGCUCCGUGUCGACGCUUACCACCUUGAAAUUUUCUCAAAGACACAGACAGAGACUACCAAGCGAUGGACCUACGAGUCGGAGAUUAAGCGCCCAUAUUUCCAUGUCACAGAGCUGGACGAGGGUCAGCUAACCAACUGGAAGAAGUAUCUCGAUUUUGAAGAGGCAGAGGGAUCAUAUCCUCGAAUUCAGUUCUUAUACGAGCGUUGUCUCGUGACAUGCGCUCAUUACGACGAGUUCUGGCAACGCUAUGCUAGAUGGAUGUCUGCCCAGCCUGGCAAGGAGGAAGAGGUGCGGAAUAUCUAUCAACGUGCAAGCUGCCUCUAUGUUCCAAUUGCAAACCCCGCGACGCGCCUCCAAUACGCAUAUUUCGAAGAGAUGAGCGGCCGGGUGGACGUUGCUAAGGAUAUCCACGAUGCGAUCCUUGCCACCCUACCGAACCAUGUGGAGACUAUUAUCUCCUUGGCGAACAUGUGUCGUCGUCAUGGUGGUCUUGAGGCAGCGAUUGAAGUGUACAAGAAUCAGUUGGAUUCACCUCAGUGCGACCUGGCUACCAAGGCUGCGCUUGUUGCUGAGUGGGCUCGCCUCCUGUGGAAGAUCAAGGGCUCAGCCGAGGAUGCGCGUCAAGUCUUCCAGAAGAAUCAGCAGUACUACCUGGACAGCCGUCCAUUCUGGAACAGCUAUCUCAUAUUUGAGUUAGACCAGCCCACGAGUGCUGCCACUGAGAGCGUUCAAUACGAACGUAUCAAGCAGGUGGUUGAUGACAUCCGUUCUAAGAGUGCCCUUUCACCCGACGUUGUGAGGGACCUCGUUCAGAUCUAUAUGGUCUACUUGCUUGAACGGGGAACCAAGGACGCAGCGAAGGAGUACAUGACUCUUGAUCGCGAAGUCCAUGGUCCCGCCUCUGUGGCUCAUACCAAGACUGGAGGCGCAGUGCAAGCCCCGCAGAACGGCAGUCAGGCGGCACCUGUGGCGCCUGUUGUGGACCCAACAGUCGCUGCCGCCGCCGCCGCUGCUGCUCCGCAAACCAGCCCAUAUCCUUACUAUCAACAGACUCCAGUCAAUGGUGGUUUCCCCGCAACCAUCAUGGAUGGCAUCAUUUCAAACGGCUCCCCGGGUGCGCCUGUUACCCAGCCCCCUCCUGAACCCUUAGAAAGACCUCCUACACCACCACCUCCGCCUCCCCCAGAAUAUUCCGCCGCCCCUCCUCCGCCCCCGGACACUUCCGUGCCGCCACCACCGCCGGAAGAUGCUCCUCCAGCUCCCCCUCCAGAGAAGAACAAGAAGGUAGGGUGGGGCGCGAAACGCCCAGCAGUGACGCCGUUGAGUGUAGAGGAACUUGUGCGGAAGAAGAGAGAGGCAGAUGCCGCAGCGGCCAAGCCGAAAUUCUUGUCCAAAGCUGAGCGAGAGCGGAUUGCUCUAGAGAAGCGCGCCAAGGAGGUGGCAGCAGGGCGACGAUUGAAAUCAGAACCAUCCACCAACGGUACAGAUCGGAGCGGGACGCAAUCACCGUCAGUUUACUCCGAGACUCCCAAUGGCGAUGAAAGGUCGAUACCCACCGGUCCGCGAGCUAUGCGAAAUUCAGAAGUCCCGACUGGUCCCGCCCCGAUGCGCAACAAGAACUACGAUAUGUUGCCGCCGCCUCCGCCGAAAGCUAUGUCGUUCAGUCUAACGGAUGGGAAAGGAGACAGCAAGCGCCAGGCGGAGGAGGACGAGGCGGCGGCCCAAGCUGCCUUGAUCAAGCAGAAGUACAUGGGAACGGAGAAGACGUCGAGUUUUUCAGCGAAGAAGAAGCGCAAGAGGACGACGGAUCGAAAGUUCAAUUUCGAGUGGAAUACGGAGGAGGACACGAGCGGGGAUUAUAACCCGUUGUAUCAGCAGCGACAUGAAGCCAACUUCUACGGGCGUGGCCGGUUGGCUGGUUUCGGAGACGAUGUGGCCGAUACAUUAGCGCAGAAGUAUGCCAGGGCUUUGGAAGACCGCGAUCGGGAAGCUGGAAGCAUCAGAGCCCGAGAGAUAUUGGAGAUGGAGCGAAGACGAAGAGAGGAGAGUACGCGGAACCAGCUCGACAAGCACUGGAGCGAGAAGAAGUUGGAGCACAUGCGCGAGAGGGACUGGCGUAUCUUCAAAGAAGAUUUCAACAUCAGUACCAAGGGCGGCAGUGUGCCGAAUCCCAUGCGGUCAUGGGAGGAAUCUGGCCUUCCCAAGCGGCUCCUGGAGCUUGUGGACCAGGUUGGAUACAAGGAGCCCACACCGAUCCAGAGAGCUGCGAUCCCUAUUGCUCUGCAAUCACGAGAUCUCAUUGGUGUUGCCGUCACAGGUUCGGGUAAAACAGCGUCAUUCUUGCUCCCACUGCUGGUAUACAUCUCGGAGCUGCCCCGGAUUGACGAAUUCGAAUGGAGGAAGAACGACGGUCCAUACGCCAUCGUCCUAGCCCCUACUCGAGAACUGGCACAGCAGAUUGAGAUCGAAGCCAGGAAGUUCACACAACUGCUCGGGUUCAACGUCGUCAGUAUCGUCGGUGGCCACUCCUUGGAAGAACAAGCGUACAGUCUCCGAAACGGCGCGGAGAUUAUCAUCGCCACCCCCGGGCGUCUAGUCGACUGUAUCGAGCGCCGUCUCCUCGUGCUCAGCCAGUGCUGCUACGUCAUCAUGGACGAAGCCGACCGAAUGAUCGAUAUGGGCUUCGAAGAGCCCGUGAACAAAAUCCUCGACGCCCUCCCCGUCACCAACGAGAAGCCCGACACGGAAGAAGCCGAGAACUCCGCCGCCAUGAGAAGCCACCGCUACCGCCAGACAAUGAUGUACACAGCCACCAUGCCCUCGGCCGUCGAGCGCAUCGCCCGCAAAUACCUCCGCCGGCCCGCCAUCGUGACCAUCGGCAGCGCCGGCGAAGCCGUCGACACCGUUGAGCAGCGCGUCGAGAUGAUCGCCGGCGAAGACAAGCGCAAGAAGCGGCUCGCCGAGAUCCUCUCCUCGGGCGAGUUCCGGCCCCCGAUCAUCGUCUUCGUCAACAUCAAGCGCAACUGCGACGCCAUCGCCCGCGAAAUCAAACAGAUGGGCUUCUCCUCCGUUACCCUGCACGGAAGCAAGACCCAGGAACAGCGUGAAGCCGCCCUGGCCUCCGUGCGCAACGGCUCGACCAACGUCCUCGUCGCCACCGAUCUCGCCGGUCGUGGUAUCGACGUUCCCGACGUCAGUCUCGUCGUCAAUUUCAACAUGGCUCACUCCAUCGAAAGCUACACGCAUCGUAUCGGUCGUACCGGUCGUGCUGGUAAGAGCGGUGUGGCUAUCACUUUCCUCGGCAACGAGGAUGCAGACGUCAUGUACGAUCUCAAGCAGAUGCUCAUGAAGUCGCCCAUUUCCCGCGUCCCCGAAGAACUGCGCAAGCACGAAGCCGCCCAGUCCAAGCCUAACCGGGGAUUUGCGAAAAAGAGCGACGACAGUUCAGGGUUUGGGAAUAAAAGUGGGUGGCAGUAGAAUAACGUAGACCCCAUCAUGCUGUAUACCCUUAUGACUAUGUACCUAUUUGCUCAGUGAAGAGACAUUCUUACGGUGCUCCAAUAUGCGUUCUGGCCCUUCAAGGUCGGAG